AUGGACACCAACACGCAGUCUGGACAUGAGAACCGAAAGGAAGAUGCGCAAAGGAGAGAAUUAACUCGUGCCACGGAACGUAAGGGCUCUGUCUUUCACUUACUGCUAAUUGGCUUGAUCUUCCACCUGGUCUACAUCGGCACCGUCUUUGAUUGCUAUUUCACGAGUCCUGUGGUCCGUGGUAUGAGACCACAUAAGCUGGAUUAUGCGGGAAGCAAACGUCUUGUGCUCAUUGUUGCGGACGGCUUGAGGGCAGAUCUCUUGUUAGCCCUGAAUGGGUUCGCUACCACAGUACCAGACGCACCGGAGGUAGUGGCGCCUCAUAUGCGCUCCGUUAUUCAGAACCGAGGCGCGUUUGGCGUGUCACAUACUAGGGUCCCAACCGAAAGCAGGCCGGGGCAUGUUGCUCUCAUAGGUGGAAUGUACGAGGAUGUGUCCGCGGUCACUCGAGGCUGGAAAACCAACCCUGUGGAUUUCGACUCGGUUUUCAAUCGUUCCAGUCAUACAUUUUCCUUCGGCUCGCCCGAUAUUUUGCCCAUGUUUGCACGGGGUGCAACUCCUGGCAGGGUAGAUAUGUGGAGCUACGAUGAAGACGAGGAGGACUUCACUAAAGACGCAACGGGCCUCGACACUUGGGUCCUCGAACAGUUGCGGACGUUGCUGCAUAACGCAACUGUGGACGCCGCACUGGACGCGACGUUGCGUGAGGACAAAACGGUCUUCUUCCUACACUUACUCGGCCUCGACACGACCGGCCAUUCAUUCCGCCCGCACUCCAAGGAAUAUAUGGCUAACAUUCAGGUGGUCGACGAAAUCGUGCGGCAGACGGAGGAGCUGUUCAUGGAUUUCUUCAAGGAUGAGGAGACCAGCUUCAUCUUUACCGCCGACCACGGCAUGUCCAUGAUUGGCAAUCACGGCGAUGGUGACCCGGACAACACUCGGACACCGCUUAUCGCGUGGGGCAGGGGCGUCCGCGGCCCGCUACAGGACAGUACGCCCUCAUCGCAUGACGUGUACUCGGCGCCGUGGGGUCUCUCGCACCUGCUCCGACAUGAUGUCGAGCAGGCAGAUGUCGCCGCCCUCAUGUCGGCGCUCCUUGGCACUGAGUGGCCAGUCAACUCAGUCGGUGUCCUGCCUGAUGUAGAUCCGACGCGACCUGGAUACCUUAGUAUACUGGACGGAGAGCGGACGCAGGCCAAGGCGGCGCUGGUCAAUGCGGAGGUUCUGUUGGAACACUACCACGUGAAACAUGAGGCGAAGAAGACCCACUCGCUGUACUACCGCCCAUAUUCAUACUUCGCAGAGUCCAAGUCAAAUCACCCCGGUGCGAAGGAGCUCAACGAGAUCGAGGGCUUGGUCCGCGAAGGAAAGUACAGCGCAGCGAGAGGGGCGUCAGCAGAGCUCAUUCGACACACCCUGGCCGGUCUUCGGUACCUCGAGACGUAUGACCGGACGCUCAUCCGUGCGAUUGUCACCGCCGCUUACCUAGGCUGGAUGGCGUUCGGUGCCGCGUCAAUAUUCGCACCGCGCGAUGCGCAGGAGAAGGGCCGCGGGAACGGCCUGAAUGCGGUCGCAGUAGGUGUUCUGUCGGUGUUCUGGGGCUUGUUCGCUUUGCAGCGAUCUCCGUGGUCUUUCUAUCUUUACAUCUGCUUCCCGGUCUACUUCUGGCAUCAAGCACUCUUGCAUGGGUGGACGCCUAUGUUGCGGGUUCUGCAAGAUGGAGAGUCUGGAAUACUUAAAGCAGUAAGACUAGCAAUGCGUGCAUGCCUAGUUGUCGCUGCGCUUGAGAGUAUGGUGGCUGGGUAUACUCACCGCGAGAUCUGGAGCAUCGGUUUUGUUAUACUUGGCGUGGUAUGGCCGCUGUUGUUCUGGCCAAACGCUGUUCGCAACAAGCACUUGCGCUUGCUGGGUGCAUGGUGCCUGGCAUGUUCAUUGACCGCCAUCUUCCCUCUUUUGAGUGUUUACCAGAAAGAGAAUCUUCCCCUUGUGUGGACGGGUGGGCUUUGCAUGUUGCUCGCAGGUGGCGCAGGACUGGUCAUGCUAUCGCAUGAAGAUGGCGAAAAUGGUCGAUACUUUUGGACGACACUCUUUCAGUGCCUUGUGAUAAUGAUUUCCGUAAUCCUCGUUCAAAAUGAUACAUAUAGCCCGCUGCCGCACUGGCUCCCGGUUAUGCUUUCCCGCCGCAUUCUCUUCGCGGUUGCACCUGCAGUGCCCCUCUUCCGAAGAUAUCGAGGGAGUGAUGCGUUCCUACGGAUCCUGCCAUUCUUUCUAGGCCUUUCCGUUUGUUUUGUCAUCCUAGCCAUCAGCGUGGAGGGGCUCUUCUUUUGUGCCUUCUCCGCCACCUUACUUCUAUGGGUUUAUGUCGAAGCCGCUUUCCGGGGCGAAGCUGGGCAACGACCGAAAGACUUAUCAUCGUACAAGCCGAAAGCUGACGAUCUGCGAAUCGCUGUGUUCUUCCUCUUUUUUGUGCAGGUCGCCUUUUUUGGCACCGGAAAUGUCGCAUCCAUAUCCUCUUUCUACUUGGAGCCGGUCUUCCGAGUUAUCCCCGUGUUCAGCCCCUUCAUCAUGGCGUCCCUUCUGAUCUUCAAGAUUAUCGCCCCAUACAUCAUCCUUGCAUCAUGUUUCCAGAUCCUGAACACCCGACUGGGACUGCCGCCCUUCAGCCUGUUCCUGGUUGCUCUAACGAUCACGGAUGUCAUGACCAUGACAUUUUUCUUCAAUGUCACUGACACAGGCUCGUGGCUCGAGAUUGGGCAGACCAUCAGUUUCUUCUGCAUCAGCUCGCUACUGCUCGUAUGGGCAGCAGGUACCUGUGCUGUGGGAGAGAUUCUCAUGCAGGAUUCGCCUCCACCGAGCGGCAAGGUCCCGGCAAGCGAGAACGAGACUUCAGGGCACAAGGUCAAGGAAGAAUGAAACCCCACACAUUCUGCACCAUUUCUUAUCCAUAACUCACUACCUCAGUGGUCACCAGACUCAUCAUACAACAUUGGAAAAGACCGUAGAUAUUCUACAUGGUAGGUGUGAAGUAAUGUACAGAUACCCAACCUGUAUUGCGUAAUUUUGUCU